AUGUGGUCGUGGUUUGGUGGUGCUUCGGCGCAGGCGAAGAAGGAUGUGCCUAAAAAGGCCAUUCUCGAGCUACGGCAGCAGCUAGAAAUGCUGCAGAAAAGAGAGAAGUACUUAGAAGCUCAGAUGGCAGAGCAAGAUGCUCUUGCUAGGAAAUAUGUCACUUCAAAUAAGAAUGCUGCCAAAGCGGCCUUACGAAGGAAAAAAGGCCACGAACGGUACCUUGAACAAACUACAGCCCAAAUUAUCCAAAUGGAACACCACAUAUACUCCAUCGAAUCCGCAAAUCUUAAUCAAGAGACUUUUAAUGCAAUGAAGAAUGCAGGUGCUGCAAUGAAACAUAUUAAUAAAGGGCUUACAAUCGAAAAUGUUGAUGCAGUAAUGGAUGACGUACGCGAACAACAUGCAAUAUCCGAAGAAAUCGCAAACGUAAUCUCGAGUGCUCCCAUGGGCGAUACAGUUGACGAAUCAGAACUGGAGAUAGAGCUUGAUGGCCUGGAACAAGAAGCCAUCGAUGAGCGGAUGCUUAAGACGGGAACUGUUCCUGUUGGAGAUAGGCUUGAUUCUCUACCCGUUGCGGCAAAUGGAGAGCUCAAAGGCAAGACCAAAGCACAGAUCGAAGAAGAGGACGAAGAGGCUGAACUUGAGAAAUUGAAAGCUGAAAUGGCUAUCUGGAAACCUCGCAGCGCCAUCUUUUGA